AUGGUGAGAGAGCCUGAAGCCAACAGGAAUAUAGCGAAAAUCAACAAAAUGUCUGCCGCAUCUAAAGCUCAAAACCCAAUGCGUGACUUGCGUAUUGAGAAAUUGGUCCUCAAUAUCUCUGUUGGUGAAUCUGGUGACAGAUUGACCAGAGCCUCCAAGGUUUUGGAACAAUUGUCUGGUCAAACUCCAGUUCACUCCAAGGCUAGAUACACUGUCAGAACUUUCAGCAUCAGAAGAAACGAAAAGAUUGCUGUCCACGUUACUGUCAGAGGUCCAAAGGCUGAAGAAAUCUUGGAAAGAGGUUUGAAGGUCAAGGAAUUCCAAUUGAAGGAAAGAAACUUCUCUGAAACCGGUAACUUCGGUUUCGGUAUCUCCGAACACAUUGACUUGGGUAUCAAGUACGACCCAGGUAUUGGUAUUUACGGUAUGGACUUCUACGUUGUCGUCGGUAGACCAGGUGGUAGAGUCGCCCUCAGAAAGAGAUGUAAGGGUAAGAUCGGUUUGUCCCACAAGACCAACAAGGAAGACACCAUCAAGUGGUUCAAGGAAAAAUAUGAUGCUGAUGUUUUGAACAAGAAAUAA